AUGGCCGCCUCUUGCGUUCCCAUUUUCAUCGUCCUCUUGUUCUUGAGUUCAUUCUGCAAGUCCGACGAUGAUACUCUCACACAAGCAAAGCCGCUCUUCUCCAGCGACAAGCUCGUCUCCAAGGGCGGGGACUUUGCUCUCGGCUUCUUCUCGCCGACGAGCUCCAACACGAGCUUAUACCUUGGCGUAUGGUACAACACCAUCCCUGCACGCACCGUCGUGUGGGUCGCCAACCGUGACAGCCCGAUCGCCGCCUCUUCGUCCGCGACGCUCGCCAUCACAAACAGUUCUGACCUGGUGCUGUCGGACGCCCAAGGCCUCGCUUCUUGGGCGACCAAAACAAACAUCGUGGCUGGAGGAGCUGGAACUGCCGUGGUGCUUCUCGACACGGGUAACUUCGUCCUUCGCUCGCCCAACGGCACCUACAUAUGGCAAAGCUUCGAUCAUCCCGCCGACACCCUCAUUCCAAGCAUGAAGUUCGUGGCGAGCUACGGGGCACAGGUGGUUGGGCGUCUCAUUGCUUGGAAGAGCUCGGAUGACCCAUCCUCCGGGGACUUCUCCUGCGGCCUUGAUCCUACCUCCCCAGCCCUUCAGAUGCUCAUUCGGAACGGAUCCAAGCUGUACUACCGAGGUGUGUGGAAUGGCGCGACGGUGUCCGGCGGCACAUACUCAAGCAACGACGACUCCAUAGUGUACCAAGUAAACGUCGGGCAAGGGGGUGAGGUAUCCUUGACCCUCAAUGUCUCCGACGGCUCGCCUCUCACACGCAUCGUGCUUGAGCACACAGGCAAGUUGACGUCUCUUAGCUGGAUCAACCAGUCAUGGGUAGUCAUCGGUUCACGCCCCGACGCUGCCUGUGGCAUCUACUCCUCGUGUGGACCGUUCGGAUACUGCGAUUUCACUAAGGCAGUACCGGUGUGCCAGUGCCUCGAUGGGUUCCAGCCGAACGGUCUUGACGUUUCGAGUGGAUGCCGGAGAACAGAAACACUGACAUGCAGCAAGCAAAGUCAUUUUGUGGCCUUGCCUGGAAUGAAGGUCCCUGACAAGUCUUUGCAUAUACCCAACAGGAGCUUUGACGAUUGUACCGCUGAGUGCAAUAGCGAUUGCUCCUGUACAGCAUAUGCUUAUCGCAGUUUGAGCAGCGUCAUUGCUAGGGUCAGCCUGCCACGGUGCCUGGUUUGGAAAGGGGAGCUUAUCGACACGGGGAAGUACAACGGUAACACUUCUUUUACUGCAGGGACAUACCCUAACUUAGGUGAGAACCUGUACCUCCGGCUUGCCGACACCAAUGGUCGAAAGAAGAAAACAUUGCUAAAGAUAAUACUCCCAAUUAUAUCAUUCUUGUUGAUACUUACAUUUAUAACUCUUAUGAAGAUGUUCAAAUACAGAGGUAAUCGACAAAAUAAAGGGAUCCUAAAGAGACAAAUCCUAGGGCACUUUAGCUCUUCCAGUGAAAUCACAGACAAAAUCAUAGAAUUCCCAUUUAUCAGCUUCGAAGACGUUGUUGCCGCAACCAACAAUUUCUCUGACUCAAACCAAAUUGGAAUGGGAGGUUUUGGCAAAGUUUACAAGGGAAUGCUUGAUGGUGGUAAAGAGGUUGCUAUCAAAAGGCUUAGUGAGGGUUCUAGGCAAGGGAUAGAGGAGUUCAAAAAUGAGAUUGUUCUGUUUUCUAAGCUACAACACAGAAACCUAGUUAGACUCCUUGGUUGUUGCAUUCAUGGAGAUGAGAGACUACUAAUCUAUGAAUAUUUGCAUAACAAAAGUUUGGAUGCCUUCAUAUUUGAUGCUACAAGACAACAUGUUUUGGAUUGGCCUACGCGCUUUAAAAUAAUUAAAGGAGUAGCAAGAGGUCUUCUUUAUCUCCAUCAAGAUUCAAGGUUAACAAUAAUUCAUAGAGACCUCAAAGCAAGCAACAUACUAUUGGACACAGAAAUGUAUCCCAAAAUAUCAGAUUUUGGCAUGGCAACAAUUUUUGGUGAAAAUCAGCAACAAGGAAACACUGCACGGGUUGCUGGGACAUAUGGUUACAUGUCACCGGAAUAUAUGAUGGAAGGUUCAUUUUCUGUGAAGUCGGACACCUAUAGCUUUGGUGUUCUUAUCUUGGAGAUUGUAAGUGGCUUGAAGAUUAGCUCAGCGCAACUCACAAUGAACUAUCCAAGCCUUACAAAUUUUGCAUGGAAAUUAUGGGAAGAUGGAAAAGCAUGCGAGUUGGUCGACUCUUCAAUUUUUGAGACAUGCCCACUCCAUGAAGUUCUACGAUGUAUCCAUGUAGGACUCUUGUGUGUUGAAGACCAUCCGAAUGAUAGGCCACUAAUGUCUUCUGUUAUAUUUAGCUUGGAGAAUGAAAGUGCACUACUGCCAUCACCAAAGCAACCUCUAUAUUUUGCACAAAUAAAUUGCAAAACAAAAGAAACGAGGGAUUAUACAGAGAACUCUAUGAAUACAAUCACUAUCACAACACUACAGGGUCGCUAGAUCUUUGGCAAUUUGAAGUAUAUUUAAAAUUCAAUCUAUCUAGUUGUUGUAUAUGUCAAAUUUUAAUCUUUGUGGUGGACUAGUUGAAGGAAAUAUGCCCUAGAGGCAAUAAUAAUGUUAUUAUUUUA